AUGGACAACAAAAUCUCCAUCUCGAAAGAGACCAACACCAUAAUCACCAAAACCGAACAAAAACUAGACCAAGCCCUCACAAUCCUCUGGACCGACCUCCCAGCAUGGAUGCGCGACAACCACUACAUCCACAGCGGCUACAGACCCGCCUCCAACUCCUACCAAAAAUCCGCCGCCAGCAUCGGCCAUCUCCACAACGAAAGUGUCAACAUCUGGUCUCACCUCCUCGGAGCCCUGGCGGCAGCUAUCACCGGCGGGUACUUCUACACAAUCAUCAAGCCACGGUUCGGUCUGGCGACGAAUGAAGAUGUGAUGGUCUUUUCUUGUUUCUUCCUUGGCGCGGUGGUUUGCCUGGGGAUGUCGGCGACGUAUCAUACGAUUUCGAAUCAUUCAGAGGUUGUUGCUAGGUUUGGCAAUCGAUUGGAUUAUAUUGGGAUUGUGGUGUUGAUUUGGGGGAGUUUUAUUUCUUCUAUAUACUAUGGAUUCAGUCAGGAGCCGAGGUUGGUUAGGGUGUAUUGGUCUAUGAUUACCACCAUCGGUGCAGGAACCCUCAUCGUGAUUAUGCAUCCGAAGUUUAGAUCACCCGAAUGGCGACCCUUCAGAGCGUCUAUGUUUGUCCUGAUGGGCUUGAGUGCUGUAUUUCCUGUUCUCCAUGGUCUGCAGAUGUAUGGGCUCGAGCAGAUGGAGCAGCAGAUUGGUCUUUCAUGGCUCGUCAGUCAAGGUGCGCUGUACAUAGCAGGUGCAAUGAUCUAUGCUGCACGGGUCCCGGAGAGGUGGAGGCCAGGGUCAUUCGAUAUCUGGGGCAGCUCGCAUCAGAUCUUUCAUGUGCUGGUGGUGUUGGCUGCGACAGCACAUCUGAUGGGGCUGAUGAAGGCGUUUGACUACGAACACAGUCUUCGGAGCAGUGGCAUGGCAGGGUCGAGCAAGUCUGACAUGUAUUUCGGUCAACGAUGA